AUGCGCUUCACGUCUUUCCUGCCGGCGGCUGCUGCCGCCCUGAUGUUCGGUGUGGCUUCGGCAACAGAUCCGGCGUGGGACGAGCCACCUCCAUGUGCUGUGAACUGCACCAUGACCGUGCUGGGCAGUGGCGCCACCACCUGCUCGCCGACAGACACAGCCUGCCUCUGCGUCGACAACAGCUACCAGGCCAAGGUUGCAGCAUGCGUACAGUCGACCUGCACGGUCAAGGAGAGCCUGGUCGCCAAACGCCUGGGCGAGCGCCAGUGCGGCGUCCCGCCCCGGCCCCAGCAGAACGACGUUGCCUCCUUGACGGUCCUCUUUACAAUCACAUUCUUCCUGGUCAUAGUGCGGCUCACGGUCAAGUUCCUCGGCCAUGGCGGCGGCUGGGGCAUCGACGACUGGCUGAUGCUGAUGGCAUUCUCAUUCUCCAUUGCCCUCUACGGUGUGCACCUCUGGCGUAUAUAUGACCUUGGGCUGGGCAAAGACACGUGGGAGGUGCCCUUUGCCAACAUCACCAGGAUAUUGGUGGCCUUCUUCGCCAACGAGAUGCUCUACAUCGUGCACAUCUCGGCCACCAAGCUCUCGGCGUGCUUCUUCUUCGUGCGCAUCUUCGACGCCUCGCCCAACUUCCGUCGCUUCGCGUACCCGGUCAUCGGGCUCAACAUCCUCAUCAUGGUCGUCUUCGUCUUCAUCAUCAUCUUCCAGUGCAAGCCGAUCCACCUCGCCUGGACCGGCUGGGCUAAAGAGGAGCCCGGCCACUGUCUUGACAUCUACAAGCUCGUCCUGGGCAACGGCAUCAUCAACCUUUUCAUGGACGCCGUCAUAAUCGGCCUUCCGAUCUAUGAGACGUCUAAGCUUCAGCUCUCCAAGACCAAGAAGUUCGGAAUUGCUCUUAUGUUCGGGAUGGGAUUUGCCCGCUUCUUCUUCUCGCGCCUCGUCCCCAAGUUCUACAAGACCUUGGCCUCGUCCAUCCACCCCAAGUCCUCCGACAGGGCCUCCAGCGCGACGCCCGGCUCGUACCGGACGCUGAGCAAUAUCAGCGGCUCAAAGGGCUCAAAUGGCUCCUCGCAGAAGCCUUUGCAGAGGGAGAGCAAGAGGCGGCCCCGGAAGGAGGGCGACGAGGAGGAGAUGACUGGCUUCAGCGCCACGAAAUCUACGGUCACGGCGUCCACUGUGUCUCUGUAA